GAGAACCACUCCACCGCCUACCCAGUUCGAGAUGAAUCUCUUUAAAAGCAUCACCCACGGAAUCGACGACCGCCUGGCUCUAUCCAGGUCCAGGGGAAUCCCCGUGAAGACCGCCAAGAUGAUUUUCUCCAAGCAGGACCACACGCACAAGGUGUACGUCAGAAACAAAGACUGCUGGGCGUACGGCCUGGAUCUGACCUCUAUUUCUCCUUGGAACAGUGACCUCAGAAACAGAAAGGCUGGAACGCUGGUCUCACCUCGUCACAUGUUGUGGGCGAGACACUACAGCAUUCACGUGAACAAAACAGUCAGAUUUGUUGACGCCAACAACAACGUCAUUGAACGUCGCGUGAUCUCCACACACUUGGUGAACAGAACAGCGCACGACCACUUCUACGGCAAAGACAUCGUCGUCGGAUUCCUGGACAAAGAUGUUCCGUCAACGAUCAGCUUCGCCCGAGUGAUGCCGAGAGAGAUCUUGUAUUUCCGGCCACAACACAGCACGAGACUUCCCGUUCUCAGUACGGACCAGGAGGAGAAAGCGCUUGUGGCAGAUUUCAAUUAUUAUUACGGUUCAGGAGUCUCGCUGAGGACGCCAAUAGCCAACAGUACACGUCACGAGUUCUUUGAACGAAUCAUAGGAGGGGACAGCGGAAAUCCGAACUUCUUUGUUAUCAAUCAGCAGAUUGUUCUGCUCUUUGUGCUUACUACAGGUGGCGCUGGUGGUGGUACUAACAUCAACCACUGGUACGACGCGAUCAACAGCAUCAUGGAGCAGCAAGGUGGCGGAUACCAGCUGACUGAAGCCAGUCUACACGGAUUCCUCGAUCACCAGCACCACAGUCUGCCUAACAUUGUGGGAUAAUCUAACCAGGGUCUGUCAUGGGGUGGGAGAGAACAAAA